UACACGACGGCGGUCGCCCGCCGACCGAAUCAGACGCGUUUCGGCAUUCGCACGUUUACAAACAAAUCGCUGCGCGACCAACCCCAAAACACAUCUUAUCAUCAAAAAUAAUAUUAAUAUUAUUUCGAAAAGCUGACAUUUACUAAAAAUUACUAAUUAAUUAUUGAAAGUGGCGUGAUUUAUUUUUUUAAACUAAAAGUUUGAGUGAGUGACACUCACUGAAGAAGAACCUGAAGGACGACUUCGAGUUGAGUUUGUUUGCAAAACUAACUUUCGAGUGUUCGGAUUGAGAGCAAAGUGAUUGUGGCGACGAGAUCGAGAAGUACUUUAAUUGAAAUUAUACAACGUGUGCAAACUGGAUGAUACAUGGACCGUUGCGGUAUAUGGCCACUUAAAAAUCGCUUAAAAUGUAAUUAAGUUAAUGUCGGUGGCACGCUUGGGUGGCGGAGGACGAGUAAUGGCGUAAUUAAAAUGGACUACAUCAAGCUGCAUCAUCUGUGGCGGCCGCUGGCAGCGAUCACCACCGACAAGAUGGGCGGCUACGACCAACCGCAUCGAUCGUUAAUCGUCGGAUCCAGCCACCACCGCAACGAUCUCGACCUGCACAAUAACGAUGCCAAUGAGGUGCGUUUCGCCAGCACGCUGACGACGCGCACCACCGAUGCGACAACUUCCGGUGCGGCGUCGAGUUUUCUCGCCAGCACGACCACAGCGGCGAGUGGGAUGCUAGGUGAGCUGGACGAUGAGCUAUGGCAGAAGAUUCUCUACUCGAUGGAGAGCAACAACAUGUUGCUCGACCACAACGAAUCGCAGCAAUUUGCGCGCGCGGAGAGCGCCAGUGAGCUAUCGUAUUUCGGUUACUAUGACAGCCUGAAUAACAGCCGCAAUGGGUCGGGCAACGGGUCGCUCUUCACCGAAGAGUUCCCCUGGGAGAUGGUGCCGAUGAUUGGAACUGCGGUCGUGUUGGGAUUAUUAAUUUUGGCGACGGUUAUUGGUGAGUAA